AAUGCGAACCCGUCAAUCUCCAAGUAGGACUGCUUCACAAAGAGGAGAUUCAAUUUCUGGUUCUGGAGGGUGCAUCAAUGGAUAUCAUCUUAGGGCGCCCGUGGCUGGUGAAGCACGAUCCCAUCCUCUCUUGGGGCACAGGAGAAAUAAAGAGAUGGGGUGAAGAAUGCAGAUCCAGCUGUUUUCCCGACCUACCCUUACAAGUUCAGAGACCCCUUACCGUUUACGUCACGUCUGUCGAAAGUCCAGUCGAGAAACGCUCCAUCCAGAUCCCGAAGAUCUACUCCUCAUACGAGGACGUAUUUUGCCCCAAGAGAGCUUCUCAGCUACCUCCACAUCGGCCAUGGGACUGCGCCAUAGACCUGCUUCCAGAUGCUCCUAUGCCCAGAGGUAGGAUCUACCCGUUGUCCCUUCCGGAAACUAAGGCCAUGGAGGAGUACAUUCAGGAGGCUCUGAGUCAGGGGUAUAUCCGCCCAUCCACGUCACCCGCUGCCUCAAGUUUCUUCUUCGUGGCUAAGAAGGAUGGAGGGUUGCGGCCAUGUAUCGACUACCGAAUCCUAAAUCAAGGUACCGUCAAAUUCUGCUAUCCCCUUCCUCUCGUCCCGGCGGCCCUAGAACAACUCAGAUCCGCCAAAAUUUUCACCAAGUUGGACCUCCGCAGCACCUAUAACCUGGUGAGAAUACGUGAGGGGGACGAGUGGAAGACUGCGUUUGUGACCCCUACUGGACACUACGAGUACCUAGUCAUGCCAUAUGGUCUGCUUUUUGACAGGUUACCUUCCAGCCCUACUCCUGCCUCCUCUGUAGCCUCAGUACCCAAUGCAGAGACUCGAGUAACCUCUCCACUGACGGAACCUCGACCAUCUACCUUCCCCUCAGAUCGGGCCAAGAUUGCGUAUGUAAUCACCCUGCUGUCUGGUAAGGCUCUUUCAUGGGCCACUGCAGUUUGGAAAGCUAAGGCUCCAUUCUGUUCAAGUUUUGCAGCUUUCGAAGAGGAGUUUAAGCGGGUUUUUGAUCACCCCCACAGUGGCCGGCAAGCCUCUAAGAAACUCCUCACCCUUCAACAAGGUAGUGGUAGUGUGGCCGAAUAUGCCAUCCAUUUCCGAAUUGUUGCAGCAGGGAAUGGCUGGAAUAAUGAGGCACUCAUGGUCUGCUUUCAAAAUCUGUCGGUUUUGGCUGUCGGAGGUAAUUAA